AAAAUGACUGCCUGGAAGACAGAAGAGCUCAGAAAAGACCGAGAGAGGAACCGGUUUCAUUCUGAGCAGACAUUUCUUUCAGACCAGUUCAGGUAAACUUCAGGAGUCAUGGCGCAAGCUUUGGACAUCGAUCACUGGAACCUGGAGUGUGAGUUUAACAACUGCGACCAUCGCACCGACCUGAACGGAGUGGAUCGACUCAUUGUGAGGAGAGGCCAGCCCUUCUCUAUCAGCUUAUAUCUUCGAUCUGGCAGCUACCAGCCAGGCGUCAGCUCACUAGACUGCAUAGCAGAAACAGGUCCUCAGCCCUCAGAGCAGUACGGCACCAGGGCACGCUUCGGCCUGUCUUCUAACAUUGACACGUCCUGCUGGAGCGCCGCUGUCAUCAGUCCCGCCGGGGACAUGCUGGCCCUGUCCAUCUGCUCUUCUCCCAAUGCYCCUAUUGGCCGCUACACACUCACCCUGGGGCAGUCGGGGAAGAUCGAGUUCAUUCUGCUCUUUAACCCCUGGUGUCCAGAGGAUGCAGUAUACAUGGACGAUGAGAAGAAUUUGGCAGAGUACGUCUUGUCUCAGGAUGGAAUCAUAUUUCGAGGCAGCAACAAACAUCCCUUACCCACUCCCUGGAAUUUUGGCCAGUUUGAAAGUGGAAUCCUGGAUAUUUGUCUGAGAAUUUUGGAUACGAAUCCCAAAUGUCUGCGUAAUCCUGGAAAAGACUGCUCAGGGCGAAGGAACCCCAUCUAUGUGUCCCGGGUGCUGAGUGCCAUGGUGAACUGUAAUGAUGAUAAAGGAGUGCUGCUGGGAAGAUGGCAAGGUGGCUUUGAAGGAGGCGUGAGRCCAUUGUUUUGGCGGGGCAGUGUGGAGAUUCUGCGUAAUUGGGACAAGGAAGCCUGUGCGCCUGUUCGCUACGGACAGUGCUGGGUGUUUGCUGCAGUAGCCUGCUCGGUUUCCAGAGCUCUGGGUAUCCCUUGRCGAGUUGUAACCAACUACCAUUCUGCCCACGACACCAACAGCAACCUGGUGAUUGAGCGCUACGUCAAUGAGAAUGGGGAACUCAUUCAAGGCAAAGAAAUGAUCUGGAAUUACCACUGCUGGGUGGAGAGCUGGAUGUCCAGACCUGAUCUCAAACCUGAKUUUAAUGGCUGGCAGGCCAGUGACCCCACACCCCAAGAGAAGAGUGAUGGUGUGUACUGCUGCGGCCCCAUUCCUCUCAAGGCCAUCAAAGAAGGCGAGCUCACCUUUAAGUAUGACGGCCCGUUCGUGUUUGCUGAAGUCAAUGCUGAUGUUGUCACAUUUAUGAAGAAAAAAGACGGCAGCACUUCCACUGUCACUACAACCACUGUGGUGGGUCAGAAGAUCAGCACCAAGAGUGUUGGCAGUGACACCAGAGAAGACAUCACUCAUCUCUACAAGUACCCUGAAGGUUCAGAUGAAGAACGGGAGACUUUCAAGAAAGCCAACCACCAAAACAAGCUGCUGCAGGAGAGGCCAGAUCCAGGCCUCCAGCUCAGCAUCAAAGUGACAUCAGACAUGAUGAAGGGCUGUGACUUUGACGUGUUUGCUGUUGUUACUAACAACACAGAAAGUGAGAAAUUGUGUCGCCUGGUGUUCGGAUCCUGUGCCGUGUCCUACAGCGGGGUCACAGGAGGGAACUGUGGCUUUAAAGACCUGCUCAAUGUAGCACUCUCUCCAGGAGCAGAAAAGCGAGUUCCACUGCGGCUGAAUUACUCCAAAUAUGGUGGCCAACUCACGGAGGACAACUUAAUCCGUCUGGCAGCUCUGCUGCUGGACUACUCCAGUGGAGAGGCAAAGCUGACUGUGAGAAACAUUGUUCUGGACAAUCCUGAGAUCAAAGUUAAAAUCCUGGGUGAACCAAAGGAGAAUCGGAAGCUGGCUGCAGAGAUUACCCUCCAGAAUCCGCUACCAGAAACACUGGAUAACUGCUGCUUCAGCAUCGAGGGGGCCAACCUGACUGGAGGUUGCAUCAUCUCUGAGAGGCUGGGCUGCACGGUGGGACCUGGGGAAGAAGCCAAAGUUAAAAUUUACUUCACUCCCACUCGUUCUGGGCUGAGGAAGCUGGUAGUUGACUUUGAUAGUAACAAGCUGUGUCACGUCAAGGGUUACAGAAACGUCAUUAUUGGAAAAUAAAUCCAUCUCAUUAGGUUGGGAACGUUUUACUUUCUUUAUCAGAGCUUUAUAGCAAUAUUAGAACAUGUGAAUGCUCAUUUUUAUUUUAUACUCAUUUAUCUUCUUUUAUUGCUUAUAUUGGUGCUAUAUUUUAUGUUAUAGAGCCAUAAACAUUUUAAUGUGACAAAAGAGUGAUUUGUGCUCACUAAAGCUUUGAAAAACAAUAUGGAUACUUUGAUCUAACAGUUUGAAGUACUAAUAAAUAUUUGUAGUGAGCAGUAGUAACAUUUACUGUAAAACCUUUGUACUUUUGUAUUCAAUAAAAACACUAUGUAACAAGUUAAAAAUGCUGUUUCUCUGCUGCAUGUGGUGAGAUGUUAGCAUCUGGUUUAAGGCUGGAUCUCAUGUUCACAUUUGGCAAACAUUAAAAACUGUAUUUCUGUGUCUGAUUAUAAA